AAGGGCCUUCUUCGCCACUAGCGGUGUAUAUGGGAAAUUUGGUGUAUACCGAUGACCGAAACCCCUUUUCCCUUUUUAUGCAAUGAUUUCUCAGAAACCCUAUAACUCUUCAACUUCUCUAAAAUCAUCCAUUUUCUCAGCUCAUCACUACUUCUUCCUUUAACUCUGCAGAUUCAGAUGGUUGACGUCUGACGGAAGCUUGUUGAAGUGAGAAAAGACGAUCUUACAGAUUGAAAGGAAGGCAGUUUACUUGGUAUAGGCUAGUGCUUUCAGCUCACAAUUGUGACAUGGCUUCUAAACCAAUUGCUGAUACCAUAUGGAGGGGUAGUUUCAUGAUCUCCCGUCCGGAGAUGAGAUUGAAUCUUAUAGCCCAUCUAUCAAGUAAAGCGUGCGCCAAAGUAUGGCUGGCAGCUAAAGAGAUGGCGGAGGUGAUCUAUCCUGAAUUCCUUCCUAAGCGUGAUGUGUGGCCAAAGAGUUUUAAAAGUUCUAAACUGAUUGAUGAUAAUAUUGCCAUUUAUUUCUUUUCAGUUAAAGGCAGAGAUGAUCAAGUUUUUGAAAAUCUGCUGUAUAAUUUAAGACACUACGACAUUGCAUUAAAAGCGUUGGUUGGUGAUUCUGAACUCCUGAUUUUUACCUCUGCCCAUCUGCCAGAAAAGAAUCACAGAUUUGAGGGUAAAUUAUAUCUAUGGGGCGUCUUUAGUGGAAGACAAGCUCCUCCUCAACAGUCACCUGAUGAUUGUUUCAUUCAUAAUACCCGAGUGACACAAGCUUCAAUCCCAAAUUCAGAAAAUGAUGGGAAGGAUAGAAGUUGCAAGGAAUUCUCCAAUAAGAAAGAUCCUUCAACUGCCUCAAAAACAGCUAGAAAGGGAAGACCGCUUGAUGACGCUUGGCAACAUGCUACUCCAGUAGAUGGAAAGAAGCAGAGGACAGUUUGCAAUUAUUGUGGAUUUAUCUCUUCCUCUGGAGGCAUUACUUAUCUUAAGACACAUCUGGGUGGAGGUGAUCCGACGGGCUCACUAAAGGGUUGUCCAAAUGUGCCACCAGAAGUCAAAAGGGUGAUGAAAGAAUGGUUACUAGGAACUAUAAGAGGGGGGAAGGCCCCACAGCUACAGGAAAUCAGGACUGACUUUGAAGCAGCACCUGCAUCCAAAAAAUCAGUUAGAAGGGGAAGGCCACUUGAUGCUGCCUGGGAUUAUGCUACACCAGUUGAUGCAAAAAGGCAGAGAGCAGUUUGCAAGUAUUGUGGUUUCAUAUCUUCUUCUGGAGGAAUUACACAUCUUAAGGCACAUUUGGCUGGAGGUGAUCCAAAAGGGCCCUCAAAAGGUUGUCCCAAUGUGCCGCCUGAAGUUAAAAGGGCAAUGGCAGAAUCGCUCAACAGAACAGUGAAAGGAGCGAAAUCCAUGCAGCCAGAUGAGAUCAGGAGGUACAUGAAAGCGGAAAAUGAUUGGUCUCCUCCCAGGUCAGAUGACUACUCGUUGAAUCAACAUAGAAUUGUCAAGAAUGCUCAGUACUCACAUUUUGCCAAUGGGGGGAAUUCUGUAAAUGAUAUGACCAUGUUAAAGCAAUCAGAGACUGCACAUGUUGAUAGUUAUAUGGAGGUUAUGAGUUCUCACAAUGCUUGUAAGUCGAGCUUCUUAAGCAAACCUUCAACUCGAGUAGGUUUUAUUUAACAUGUGCAUCAGUAGGUUGAGGACUAAGAGCUAGGAAGGAAGCUUAAAUCUAAUGGUGAGAACAUGCUCCAUUAAUUUAUGACAUGACAAAACAUACAUGAGGACAGAUGACAAAGUUGAUUGUGCUACUUUAUCAGCAAAAAGGUUGGUUCUUUUGAUGUACAAACACCUUUUAACCCAAAGCUUGACAACAACAACAUGGUGACAUUGCUUGUGAUUAUUGUAUCUAUGUAUUUGUUGCGAUGUUCCCUCCAGUUUGGAGUGAUUUUACAGUUCUAUUAAACAGGUUGAGAAUCUCCUCUUAGUGUAAGACAUUUGAAAGUUCUGAAGUCGAUACUUGCUGAGAAAGCCUGGUUGAUACUGAAUUGAAUCCGACAUUAUCUUAUACUCAGGUGUUUAAAGAUGCAAAUACUCUUUGCAAAUCA